GCAGAGUGAGUGAGAUUGCCAGUUGAGGAAAACUAUCUGACGGGUAGAGGUUAAACCCAACACAACUCAAGUUUUACCUAAAAUGUCUCUUGAUGUUCUCCUACAAGCUGCAGAAUUCCUUGAAAGAAGGGAUCGAGAAGCUGAGCACGGUUAUGCUACUCUAUUGCCUGAUGCUGAGGAUGAAUUUCCAAGUCCAAAGCCUGUGAGACAGUCUAAAGUGUCGAAAAAGAUGCAGGGAGGGUCCAGGUCGAGCCAUAACGAGCUGGAAAAGAAUCGGAGAGCUCACCUUCGAAAUUGUCUGGAAGGUCUCAAGGAUUUGGUUCCCUUGGGCACUGACAGCUCGAGACAUACAACACUGGGUCUACUAAACAAAGCCAAACAUUUUAUACGGAACCUGGAGGACCGGGACCGGAAAAGUGUAGCACAAAAAGAAAAUCUUUUCCGAGAGCAAAGGUAUUUACGGAGACGCUUAGAGCUGUUGUCCUCCCAGGUCGACGCUAUCCAUAAACGUCGAUCCAUAUCCGAGUCUUCUACUUCUACAGUGUCAUCUAUACAGUCAUCCACUUCAGAGUCAGACGACCACGAGGUUGAUGUGCUGGGCUACGGUGGUGUGAGUGACGACGACAUAUCCAGUGUGCGUAGCACCGGAAGUGAUGGUGGUAUGAGCGUUAACACGUGGAAUCAGCUGACUAUUGUGGAUACCAAUGUUUAAGAUGACUUGUUAGCUUGUGAAGAGAAAAUUACAAUGAAUUCGGUAUAAUUGACAUGGAAACGAAACGUCCCAGUCCCUUACAACUUAAUCCAUUGAAACAAGGAAGAAAAAGUUUGCCUGGAUUAGCGAGAGAAAAGUGUUAAAUGAACUAAACCAAUGAAUUAAGAGUAACUGAUAAAUGUGAACUGAGAACAAGUGAAGUAUAUAUGUUAACAAAAUUGUCAAAAAUACCAAAAUGCAAUCGGAUUUAAAUCCAAGAAAAAAUCUUCAUGAAUUCCAACAAUUUUUAAAUUAUGACUUAAGCAGCUAGUAUUGUCAUUUCCUUUCUACAUAGAUUUUAUUGAACUAGAUUAAUUCAGUUUUAACCAGUAAUAACUAGAUAUAUCCAGAAUAGAUCUAGAUUAAGCAAGAUAUUUCAGGAACUAACUGUAAAAAUCCAGAUUCAGUUAUACAUAACUAGAUAUAUUUAGAAGUUAUCUAGAAUUCAAGUUACUGGAUUUAUCUUUUUUUCUAGAUUUAUCUUUUUUAAACUCUACAGUUCGACCAGAUUAUAAUGCCGCAAUUAUAAACUCCCACGAGGAUGGAUUUGAUAACUCGUGUCAAAUCCCUGAAAAUGAAAAUCUAGAAUGCGUGUAAAUGACUGAAAGUGUUGAUGAAACUAGUAUUUCUCCCACAGAUGAUCCCGGCGUAGCUUUCACUCAGUUUUUUAUUUUAAUUUUUAAUUCGUACUUAUUGUUUCUUUUAUG